AUGACUAUGUACAAGCAAGAUACAGACAAAGAUAAAUCAGAGAUAAUCAAUGAUGGAAAGGUGCCAUUGCCCUCUACCCAUGGACACAGGCUUUUCCCUCUGACUCUGGCCAAACUGGAUGACCAGGGCCCCCCAAAGGGACACCUGGAUGUGCCUGAGGCAGCUGCCCUCUGUGACGCCACCACUCUCACUGAACUCUGUAAUGAUGUACCUGAGGUGGAGAUCAUCACCCUCCUGGGGGAGCAGCUGCCACAUUACAAACUUAGAGCUGACUCUGUCUUUGGCUAUGAACAUCAUGAUUGGAUUCAGACUCCAAUGGUACCCCCUGAUGUCUCCAGACACCUGACACCCAACCAGAUCCAGGAAACACUGCAAUAUUUCUUACUCUGCUCGGACAGAGUUAGCCAAGUUACCAAGACCUAUCAUGAUAUUGAUGCUGUGACCAGCCUACUGGAAGAGAAAGAACGGGACUUGGAGUUGGCAGCUAGGAUUGGUCAAUCUCUGCUGAAAGAGAAUUGCUCCUUGUCCAAGCAGAAUGAGUUACUGGAGGAGCAGCUGGAGUUGGCCAGGGAGGAGAUUGCCCAACUUCGGCAUGAAGUUACUAUGCGGGACAAUCUCCUCCAUCUCUAUACAAACACUGUUGAGGAAAGUGAGCCCUCCAGCGCCGCCCGUACUCCACUUCGCCAUUGUGAUUCCUCAGCUUCUCUUCAGCACUGUAUCCAGUUGGACACCCUGCAACAGAAGCUGAGGGGUCUGGAGGAGGAGAACCAGCAGCUUAGGCUGGAGGCCAGCAGCAUCGUCACAGAGACCUGCCAGUAUGAGGACCAGGAGCAGCAGCUGAUGCUGGAUUGUGUGGAGCAGUUCUCGGAGGUGAGCCAGCAGGUAGCUUUGUUGACUGAGGAAUUGGCCCAAAAGGCAGAGGACCAGGCCCGUCAGCAGGAGGAGAUCAGCUUGCUUCUGGCCCAGAUUGUGGGACUCCAACAGCGCUGCCGGGAGUAUGGGACUGAGAUGGAAGAGCUACAACAGCAUCUGACAUUGGCCAAAGAGAGCCAGAGGAAACUUCAGAUAGAGAUGCGAGACCUACAAGAGAAAUAUGCCGAGUGUGAUGGUUUGCUGAACGAAGCCCAGGAAGAACUUAAAAAACAUCGCCUCCAAAGCCUGCCCAGUGGCACAGUUAGCCACUACAACAGUGUGUAUAGCCUGCCGCUGGAUUCCCUGGCUGCAGAGAUUAAAGGGACAAUGAAAAAGGAAAAUGAGAGUCCAUCUUCUGAUAGCCGGAACCUUCGCCGGGUAUUUGAGACAGUGAAGGCUGUGAACCACGGUAGUAGGUCCCGGUCGGGCAGUGCCUCUCUUCACCAUCCCCUUCCUGGCUCUCCCCCACUCUCUGUGGCUGGCAGUCCAUCAGGCACCCCCCCUACAAAUCGCCACAGCUCUGAUGCUUCUCGUCGUGUCCUCCUGUUGGAGGAAGCAUCUGGUGAGGAGGAAGAGAAGAAGGUGGGUUGCCCAGGCACCCCCAGGAGCCAGGACCUGGCAGUGGCCCUGCAGCAGCUGGCAGCAUGGCAGGAGGCUCAGGAGGCAGAGGCAGGCGUGGAGAAUCUGGGCCAGGAUGCGGAGAGUUCCAGCGGAGUGCUGACUCCUAAUGAGAGUCUUGUGUCGGGAAGCUCAGAUCCUCCUGGGGGCUCUAUCUUCUCCAUGGGCUCCCUCACUUACCUGCCUGACAAACUGCAGAUUGUCAAACCGCUGGAAGGCUCGGCGACUCUGCACCACUGGCAGCAGCUGGCCCAGCCCCACCUGGCAGGGAUCCUGGAUCCUCGCCCUGGGGUUCUGACCAAGGAUUUCCGUCAGCUGGAGGUGGAUGUGGAGAAAGUCUACACUCUUCAGGACCCUGAAGAAGAUGAGGAGCCAGUGGCGACAUCCAUGGCCAAGGAUAAGGCUCACCCACUAUUGUUGCACUCUGUUAACAAUCUCCCCCAGACCCCAGCCACCUACACAAUCACUACCGGCCGCCUGGUCUGCCCCUCCUCCGAUGUCUCCUCCGAUACCCCCAGGCUUUGCCAUUCUGCCACCCCCUGCUGCAGUCCCGCAGAGGGCCUAAGACCCAUCCAUCCACCACCUUACCAGACUCUGCUUUGUCUUCUGAAGAAAGAGGGCAUGUCUGCUGUCCCAGAGUCCCCAUUUACACCCCUGCAUCCAGACAGGAGAAGCUGGCCUCUAGGAAGCUUUGCUCUAUCCAGAGAACUGCCUCAAAAUGGGUGGGGGGCAUCAAGAUGGAGUCAGGGAUGGGUUGGUCAGGAGACCACCAAUGGCUUCAGCAUCAAUUUGGUACAGAAGCUACGGCAGCUGGGGCUGGACUGUGUGGUGGCCAGAGGGGCUUCAAAGAGAUGGAAAGUGGGGACUUGAGAGCCCCCUGGCGCUGGCCCAGCCCCAAGACAGGGAAUAGGUUGACAGAGAGCAUCCCUUGAGGGUGUUUUUGUUCGGGGUGGCAGGAUGGGUCUCUUCCCUCAUCCUCGCCAUCGCCUUCAUCCUGUUGCUGAGAGGCAGCUAAAAUAGAGUUUUGAUCCCUUUCCUUCCUCCCUCCAACCACACCCACAUACACACGCAUCCCCCCGAGUCCCACCUCACAUCUCUACUUGCCACAUGCACUUUCUAGGACCUGGCACUUAGUUUCUCUGUACCCCCAUCCUCUACCCCCCUAACCAAUUUAGUCUUGGUUGUAAAUAGAGGUUAAUAUUUAAUACUGUGAUGAGGAAGUCUUGAGUUUUCAUACCUGUGAAUAAUGUAAGAUAGCAAGACCCUAAUUCCUUUCCCCUGGAUUCCUUACCCACCACCCUAUUUUUUUUUAAAGCUUUCUGCUCUAAAAGCUACCACUGUGUACAUGCGCACUGCUGGGGAGAGGUAACUAAGACCCCUCCCCACCCCUUGCAAUCACCAUAUGGAUGCUCAUUAAACUCAUCUUGUGGACAGUGGCUCAGUGCCACGCAAUAAACGGUAUGACUUAGGUGA